UGCAAAGAUGUUGGACAUAGCGUUUGAAUUGAUCGGAGAUGCCACGUCGAAUUCGCUUCUCAUGUUCUGUUUCUGCAACCUCAUUAUUGUCAUGAUCUUUACCGGAUCAUUAAAACCUGGUUUGAAGGAUUCACAAGAUUCCACAUUUGUUACCUCAGUGAGCUACGAUAUGGGCAAUAUUUCUUCUGAUGAUCAUUAUUGUGGUGAUGAUGAUGAAAAUAUGAAAAUCGCUGCUGCUAUUCCAUCUUCACAAGAUGACCCUUUGAUCGAUGACUCGAGUUCUGACGAAGAAGAUGAUUCAGAAAGCACCCAUUGCUAUGCUGCUGAUGAUGAUGCUGAUGAUACUGAUGACGAUGAGGAUGAUGAUGAUGAUGAUGAUGAUGAUGAUGAUGAUGAUGAUGAUGAUGAUGAUGAUGAUGAUGAUGAUGAUGAUGAUGAGAGCAAAGACUCCGAGGUUGAAGAGGAGGAAGGAGACGAUGAUUUGAGAAUGAGGGUAGAAAUGUUUAUAGCAAAAAUUAACAAUGAAUGGAGGCAUGAGAAGCUUAGGGCUUUGAAUUUAGGAAUUAAUGCUACUUGA